CAGCUGAGUUCAGCAGAUGGAGCCCUCACACCAGCAGCACACACACACACACACGGAUGAAAGUGAGACUGCCAGCAAGUUUUAUCAGAAGUUUCACCGCCGACAGGCAGACUCAGUGAGGCAGAUAAGUGGAGAGCAGCUCUCGUGGCAGUGGAGCGGUGGACACACUUUCUCUCUCCGACUAUCGAGACAUUUUGAGGUUAGCUUACUGUAUGUUUACAGUUCUGGCAGCAGAGCGCGGUGACGGUUGAAACCAACGUCUUUGAUUUUAAGUCCAAGACCCGCCUGCUAACUGACAGAGUAACAACCAAUUUAGUCCCAAAAAAGAGCCAAUGACCAGGAUGGAUACUUGGACCAAGUUUUUAUCUGUCUUCUGUUUUGUCUGACUUGCUCCUACUACCUUAAAACUGGCUGUCAGCUCUCCAGUGUCGCAUGAAACUGAAAAUGCGUCGCUUUUGAACUUCACCGCCAACAGUGGAUGUGAUCAUUAGCAAUCAGGUUUCAUUACCCAAAAGUUGGGAGCAGCCCAUGGACCUAAGUGUCAGGUUGGUACAUCCAGGCCCAGAUUCGGCCAUGCUGGCCCCCCACCCUCCCUUCUUCCUGGGACCCCUCUCCUCUCAGCAUUGCUCCCAGUUUUCCCAACAGCACUUGCAGUAUAACAUUGAACAAAGGCAAAGAGAGAUGGAGGACGAGAAAAGAGAAGAGCUGCAACAGCUGAUACAAAAGAGUAAGAAUGAGCAAAGUGCUGUAGCCAGUCCCCUGGUAAGGCAGAAACUCCGGGAACACAUAAUCAUGAAGAACCAGCCCACCCAUGAUAGAGUCACUCCAAACCACAGCAGUCCUACACCAGGAUACAGGCUACCAGUGCCAGACAUGUCCCCAAAGCCUCAGGCCACACCCUGUGACCAGCGUAAAGACCUCUCCCUGCGCAGGACAGUCUCUGAGCCCACUCUGAAGUGGAAGUUAAAGAAGCUCAUCACUACUAGGCCAAACCCGCUGCAGCGUAAGAUUAGUGCCCCUCCCGCUGUCAAGCACAGGACAGAAACUCUGGACUCCUCUCCCAGCAGAAACAGCACCCCAGCAUCAGGGUGCAGCUCACCCAACGACAGCCUCCAUUCGGACAACGGGGCCCUCCCAUUGGCCCAUGAGGCACAGAGGUUGCUGCUGAAGGAUGGGAGUUUGGCCCAUUUCACUUUGCCUCCCAACCCAACUGCCAUGCCCAACAUCACUGCUGGGCUGCCUGCACAUGCUGAUCUGCGAGUAGCAAGGCCUCUGGCAGUAUCUGCGCUGCCUCAGGUCUACCUGCCUCUGGAAAGCAGCAGUCCAGGCCUGUCUCAGCGCUUGCAGCCUGUGCUCAUACUGGAACCACAUACCGGGCUUACCACAUACUCACAACUUGUCUCUCUUCAUGGUUUGAGCUCCGUUCCUGUGCAGCCUCAGCAGCCUCACCUGACCUCCCCCACCAGAAGAGAUGGCGUAGUCACCUUGUCCUCCCACAGACCCCUGGAGCGAACACACUCAGAGCCUCUGCCCUAUGGCCACUCACCCCUCCUGCAUGCCAGCCAUCACUCUCACACCCAGCACCCACUGUCUCAGCAAUGUCAUAAGAGCGGGCUGGAGAGGUUCAAGCUGAAUGCAGUUCUGAGCAAGUCGAUGAGCAAGUCCAUUGAGAAGCCUCGUCUGACGCAGAUCCCAUCGGAGGACAUGGACCUGGAGGAGAUUGGAUCAGGAUCAGGGUCAGGUCCAGGGUCUGUGUGCGGCUCGGAGCCUGGCUCAGUGUGUGAAGAAGGCUACCGCAGGAGACAGAGCACUGCCAGCACAGACUCAGUUUACGACACAGAGUCCACUACUUCCUCACGGGAGAGCUUGAUUGAGCCCUCACAUUCUGUGAGUCAGAGGCAGGUGAUCCAUAGAUCAGGAAUCCAGUUGGACUCCCAGAGUGUGCCUGUCCUGAUGUGGCCUCACCAGCCUCUGGUCAGGACCCAGUCCUCUCCCGCCUCCACCUCCCUGCCUCCUCCUCCACAUCCACCCCCACCCAUAGCUUCCCUGUCACUGUCCAGCCCUACUGCAGACGUCCAGCUACGCUUCACCACAGGUCUGGUUUAUGACGCUCAGAUGCAGAAGCACCAGUGUACCUGUGGGGACAACAGCCGCCACCCUGAGCAUGCUGGGAGGGUCCAGAGCAUCUGGUCCAGACUGCAUGAAAGAGGACUCAGGAGCCAGUGUGAGCGUAUCCGCGGUAGGAAGGCCACUCUGGAAGAGCUGCAGUCAGUCCAUUCAGAGAAACAUGUGCUUCUGUACGGCACCAACCCUCUCCACCGCCUCAAGCUGGAUAACCGCAAGUUGGCUGGAAUCUUGUCUCAACGGAUUUUUGUGAUGUUACCAUGUGGAGGAGUUGGGGUAGAUAUUGAUACAAUCUGGAAUGAACUUCACACGUCAGCAGCUUCCCGUAUUGCUGCAGGCUGUGUCACAGACUUGGCACUGAAGGUGGCACAAGGAGAGCUGAAGAAUGGCUUUGCAGUGGUGAGGCCCCCUGGACACCAUGCAAGCCACUCCUCUCCUCUGGGCUUCUGUUUCUUCAACUCUGUGGCCAUCGCUGCCAAGCAACUCCAACACAAACUCAACGUCAGCAAGAUCCUCAUUGUGGACUGGGAUGUUCACCAUGGCAACGGCACCCAGGAAGCCUUCUACGAUGACCCAAGUGUCCUGUACAUCUCUCUACAUCGCUAUGACAAUGGCAACUUCUUUCCUGGUAGCGGACAUCCCAGCGAGGUGGGUGCAGGUGCAGGCGAGGGCUUCAACGUGAAUGUAGGAUGGACUGGGGGUUUGAACCCUCCCAUGGGUGAUGCUGAGUACCUGGCUGCAUUCAGAGCUGUGGUGAUGCCCAUUGCCCACGAGUUCUCCCCUGAUGUGGUGCUGGUGUCAGCCGGCUUUGAUGCUGUCGAAGGACAUUCGUCACCACUGGGAGGCUACAAGGUCACAGCCAAGUGUUUUGGCUUCCUGACCCGUCAGCUGAUGUCACUGGCCGGGGGUCGGGUGGUACUGGCUCUGGAGGGGGGACAUGACCUCAAGGCCAUCUGUGAUGCCUCUGAAGCCUGCGUCAGCGCCUUGUUGGGCAUGGAGGUGGAGCCUCUGUCCCAGUCCGUGUUGGACCAGAAGCCUUGUGAAAACGCUGUGCAGUCGCUGCAGAGAGUCAUCCAGGUUCAAGGUGAGUACUGGCAGAGUGUGAAGGACUCAGCCGCCACAGUGGAUCUGUCCUACCUGCAGGCCCAGAGACGAAGGCUGAGACGGGACUCGGACAGCGAGGCCGUCAGCGCCAUCGCCUCCCUGUCGAUGGGAGCUAUCGCCCCCGAAAGGAAACAUCCAGAAAAACUGACGGAGAAAGGCAAUUCCAUGUAAAGAAAAUAUCUCCUCACAGCUGCCUUCAACCAAGUCUCAGUGGAAACACACACAAACACACACACACACACACACACACACACACACGCGCACACACACACACACACAAAGAUAUGCAUUUGGACCAUCACUGGAAGCAGAUGUCCUCUUCAGUUCAACCACUGUAUUCACAAAAACUCCUCCACCUGCAUUACUACUGGCCGCAGUCUGAUUCAAACACACACUGAGGAACAACAUUCAUAUUCUCAUUACAGGAUGGAUCAUCACUUAUUGAACUGAGAGAAAGUUUUUUUUUUUAAAAAAAAGACACCCAGAGGCAGAUUUAUGAAGGAUCAUCUCUCUCUUGUAGCAUUGGGAGCUGGCAACGCGACGUAGCAUGAACACACUCUUGACAAAGCACAGCUCUGUGACUUUUUUUUUUUUUUUUAACGUUCACCUUGUAAACGACUCCCACGAGACCCGCACGAGACCACUCGGACCGUCGUAACCUUGAAAGCAGGGGGGGUCAGAGGUCACCUCGGCUUACCGGAGCCAAUCACUCAGAGCGGAAGGAGUCGUCCCCACAGGAUGUGCCUGUGAAAGAGAGCAGACAUACACUGCACUUAAAAGACGCGUCCCGCUAUGAUGAUGUCAUGUGACAAAGGUCCAAUGAAGGAAAAAGAUCAAGAGCUUCUCUGAUCAUUUUGCACUGUACGUUCUGCAAUGUGAACUGGACAAAACGCAGCCAUAUCGCCAUGUUGACAAUCAAACGUCUUGUUUGCUCAUAUUUUUAGUUUAUUUGAAUAUUCAAUCGUUUGACCUAUGGCACACAUUUUUGUUUAAGAAUCCAGCUACAGUGAAGCCUGAGAUACAUAUGUUUCAUAUUGUUUUGUAUGUCCACAUAUUUUCUUAAAUCUUUUUUUUUUCUUCUUCUUCUUUCCUGGCCUGUCGGGCGAGCACAUGCAGCAUGACUCUAGACUGCUGCAGUUAUUGUUAUCGCUCCCCGACAGGCUAAAGAAGACGCAGCAGUCUUGAUAAAGUGCAUCUUAAUACUGAUACUGUAGUUUGUAUAGAAGGCAUUAGUCACAAUGAAGAACUAACACCUCAAAUCACCGAGGUAUCAGGGGAGAAAGCGAUCAGUCUGAUAGAGAUUCUUUACACGUCAGAAAUCAUCCCCCGAUGCCUCAGUGCAGCGUGACCACUCAGAAAUGAUUGUAUGUGUGACAAAGCAGAUCACAUCUGCUCUGUCAGGAGGUGGAUUUUGACGUUUUGGAUGAGACUCAUGACAAUCACACACACAAAGUGCACUUGCGUUGCCCUCAGGAAAUGAGGGUGAGAGUGACUUGGUUCUUAAAAUCUGAACUUAAAUCAUGUUUGUUAAGUGGACCAGUUUUUGUACCUGUGGAUGAGCAUUCCUGCUGUAUUUUGUAAACUUCUUUUAUACUUUUAUUUCUUUAUUAACGAGGACAAAGCGAGCUCUCCUUUGUUCGUUACUGACUCAACGCUGUUCUGUUUACUGUCAGCGUCGGGGAUGUUUAGCUCCCCGGACCAAACAGCGACAUUUUAGCAGUUAGGAUGGAGCAAUAAUACUGAGAUAGUUGAAUAUCCACACAGUGCAAUUGGACACAGGUUAAGCGCAACCAAAGUUUAUGAGAACAAUGUGCCGCCCCUGGACUGGCAUGGCUUAAAGAACUUCAAAGACUUUGAAGAGUUUGUGAAUGUUUCUUUUUUCUAUCCAAACUGUUGAACAGCACCAAAAGCACAGGAUGGAUAUAUAAACAAAUUCAUUUCUCAAAGAAAAAAAAAAAAAAAUACUACAUGACUUCUAUUUAUACAUUCAGAUUCUGUCUUUGAAGUGCUCUUUGCAUGUCUAACACAAUUACGACGGUGCUAUAGAUUAUUUUUUAAAUGCAGUAUGUUUGCUCUUUUGUUUCUUUCUUUCUUGAUGUUGCAUUGUGCGUGCAACCAGAAACUUGUCAAAUCUUUGUUAAUGUGAUGAAAAUGUGAAAACAAAUGAUGGUGAGAGAAGACUUAACGUAGGACAGUCUGAUGGCAGAGUGUAGCUUUACUUAGAUUUAUGAGAACAUUCACGACAGUGACCUGACACAUCUAAUGUCUUAUAUUUUGUCUUAAUUAAUGCAAAUGACGUAUUUUUGUAUUUGAUCUCAAAAAUUAACCGUGUGCACACUUAGAGACCAAAUUAUAAGCCAAUGUGCCUUGAAGUGUCAUGCUGACCAACCUGUGUGAAGGUAGCCUUAACAAACUGGAUCUUAAUUAAAACUGCAGGCCAAGUCCAGUUUUCACAUAACUGACUGCCUGAUUUAGUUUCUGUACAGUGUACAUAAUGAUUUUGUUCUGUUUUUUUUUUUUUGUCUGCCUUUUGUCUUUUCUACUAUUUUUGUUCCAAAAAAACCUUAAUAAAGGUAAAUUAUAUUCA